AAGAGCAACAGGGCGACAGAUAUGAUACAACUGAUUUGGGUGGGAGUGCUCGGUUUGCUAAAGGAAUAUGAAUCAGAUGGAUGAACUCAACACAGUAGAGAGCCCUAUUGUGGCUCUCACAGAAAUCACAAAGGAAAAAUUAGCAUUGUUGCUCAAUGGAAAGAAAAUCUUACCAUCAGAUGAUGGCUUUCCAAGGGACUGGCGCGGCGUGGCGCAGUGUCUGGACUGCGACAACGACGUGGUGCAGCAGCUGGGACGGUCGGCCAGUCCGACGGUGGCGCUGCUGGAGCGGUGCCGCGCCCGACCCGUGGCCGAUCUCUGGCGAGCCCUGCAGGACGUCGGCCGGUGGGAUGUGCAGGACGACGCCCGCUACAUGAUCGAGGACGACGUGAGGCUGUACCAGGAGCGGCUGAGCUCAUCCGCCGCUACCAGCAGCGCCGUCUCCCUGCUGCCCGGCCUGGACGACGCUGACCUGCUCUGCGUCGGUGAUGCCGAAUGUCUGCGCGCCGGCCGGCCGCUCCCCACCUUCGAUGCCUUCCUCCUCUACGACGACGGUGACACCGAGUUCGCAGCGCAAAUCAUUGAGCGUAUGGAAGCCAGGGGAAUCAAGCUGUGUGAUAAGGAGCGCCACCUUCUGCCCGGCGUGACGUUCGAGCACCAGGGCAUCAUCCGGCUGAUGGAGACGCGCUGCCACCGCGUGCUGGCCGUGCUAUCGCCGCAGUUCCUCCAGUCGGCCGUCAACAAGUUCCUGGCCAUGUUCGCGCAGGCGCUCGGACUGGACAAGCGCGGUCGCAUGCUGCUGCCGUGCGUGUACCAGAAGUGCACGCUGCCGUCGUACCUGAUGUACUGCUCUCGGCUAGACUUCACGCGCGGCGUGGGCCUCGUCAACGCCUGGGACAAGAUGUACGAGACGCUCAGUGUCGCCAUGGUCACCCGCACCAGGUCAGCGUCUCACUCCGUGACGGACGCGCUGCCGGCGCCGGCCGCCGCCAAACCUCGCAGUGACUCGACGCCGUGCUGCGCGUCGACACCGCCGGACGACCCGCCCGCUGCCGAGACGUCGGCCGACAAGCAGAAGACGAAGGCGAAGCGCGAGAAGAAGAAGGAGGCGAAGGCGCUGAUGGCCGCGUGA